AAAAAAAAAAAAAAAGUUAAGAAACGUUUCAGAAAAAUUUAUUUCCACGCCAAAUGCUCUCAACGUGGCUCUGCGGCUGCGCGCGCGCUUGAUCCCCUCUGUAGGAGUUGCUAUGGAGACCGCGUCGCGCGCAGGAAAACAGUGAAAGACAGAGAUUGAAAGACUUCACGGCUGAAGAACUUAAACAUUACGCUCAUGAGUCAAGCAGAGGGGCGGAGCUCUGAGGAGGAGGAGGAAGGCUCCAGUGAGAGGGCCACGCCCAUUUCUGCAAUAGCUCCAGAAGCUGAUUCACAUCAUGAACAACCUGCUGUCAUAUCAUCAAAUCCAGCCCUGCAGUAUUUGGAACAGCUGUUCUCCAUGGGAAGGAUCAGCGGAGAGAAAAUGGCUCGUCUUAGGGCUAGCUUCAACCUCUUACAUGAAACUCUAAGAAGUUCUCAUGAAACAGAAAUGCAUCUGCUGCAGGAGGCAAAGGCCUUACGCACCACGCUGGAUCAGCAGAAGCAGGAGCUGGAGAAGGCCGAGCUGUUUCCAGAGGGACCAGACACAGAAGUCAGCAAACUGAAACAAACUCUUCUGCAGUACUACAACCAGCUGAAGGAGGAGGAAGAAAGAGAAUACCAGAUGCAGUUCCAGUUUGAGUGUCUAAAAGAGGAGAAGCUCUGUCUUGAGAAAGAAUACCAGGAACAACCUAAACCGGCUGAGCUAGAAAAUAGGUACAUUGCCAUGAAGAACAGUUGUGAGGUUGUGAGGAAAGAGGUGGUUCAGCUUAGACAGGAAGUGAAGACUUUAACUGAGAGCAUGGAGACUCAACACAAACAUAUAAAGAAAGAACAACAUGAGCUGGAGAAAUUAAAAGAUCUUGUUGAAAGCAAUGAGGCUGAGCUGGCUCAGGUGCUUCUCGUACCCGUUCAACUGGGAAAGGAGAUCGACAGGGUUGCCCACAAGAAAUCGGAGCUGGAGAAGCAGGUUGCCGUAAUAGAGCAACAUCGUAUGGAGCACAUGGAGCAUCAGCAGAGGAUGGAGGCAAAGUGUGAGGAGGUGAAGGAGGCCAAAAGAGAGGUGGUACGAGAACUAGAAGGCCACAAGUCUCAGCUGGUGGUUGCAGAGAACAAACAAGACAGAUUCCUCAAAGAACUGCAGAUGACCAAAGAAAAAGAGGCCAUGUUCAUGGAUCAAAGGGGUCUGCUGGACAUCAACAUGGAGCAGAUUGUUGCUGAGUGGAAGUCUCUGCGUGAUAAACUGGCUCGAGAUACGCGGCUGAAAGACAAGCUUAUGCGAGCCCUGAAGAGGAAUGAAUUGCAGCUGAAACAGGCCAGAGACUCUCUUGCUAACAGUCAACAGCAGCAUGAGAGGACACAGGCUCAGAGAGAGACAGUCCCAGAGGGUGACUGCUUGUUGCAGAGAAGAAGAGAUCUGGAAAAGGAAGUGGAAAACCUAAACCGUAGUUGGAUUAGCAAGCAGUCUGUGGCAGAUCUGAAUGUGCAGCUGGUUCAAGAGUACGUGGAGCAGGAACAGGCUUUGAUUAGAGAGUCCUAUCGCCAUAGAGAUGAGCUUCAUCACCUUCAUCAUCUCAUACUUAUCAAAGCAGAUGAAAGAGAGCAGAAGAGCCGUGAGCUGCUCAAAGCACAGCUAAAAUAUAAGCGUGCCAAGCAAGAUCUGCAGGGGAAAGGACUGGUUAUUCAAGAACACUUGAAACAGACUCAAGAGACCCAGUCAAGGCUGGGUGUGUUUGCUAAACUGUAUGAAGUCACCAAGGGCGAGCGGAACAAAUACCUGAGCCUGAUCCACAGCUCAAACCAGAACCUGUCAGAGGUGCAAGAGAAGCUGGCCAAACUGGAAGAAAAUCUUAAGACACUGCAAUUGAUUGCUAUCAACAAAGACAAGUUGCUGCAAAAGUCCCGUCUACAACAUUCUCACAGCUACAAGCUCAGAGACCGUAUGAAGAACGAGCUCUCACGGGUGUUACAGGUUCUGCAAGAAAUGCACCAGAAACGAGAGGAGCAGAAAUUGAACCUCGGCAAGCUCACAGACACAAUCAACAUGCUGGAGCAAAAAAAGUUGCUUAUGUGCAAAAGCUACGAGGCUGCUAUGCAAGAGCGCAACCAGCGGGCCGUGCAGCUUGUAGAAAAAGAGCAGGAAUUGUGUAUUUUCUACGAGAAGCUAAAUGUGCUGGUGAAAAUGAUUGAAGAUAGCAACCUGAAGAUACAGAAUAUGGAGGAUGAAAUCAGCAACCUGAAAAUUGAACAGAAGGAGCAAGAAAGACAGAAUAACUUUCUCAGGAAACAGAUGUCCAGCAAACGGGCACUGGAGGAAGAAAGCAUCCUAUUACAGAUACAGCUGUCUGAGACGAAAGAUAGACUGACUGAGCUAGAAAAGGCUUGUGUGAACCAUACCAGAGCCAGAAAACUGAGUGGAGAAGAUCUGUCUCCUGAGGAGCUCAUCAAGAGGAUUGAACAGUUAGAGGUGCAUUUGACAGAUAAGGAGGCUCAGCUCUUGGAAAUGGAGCUUGUGUAUGAGCAGGUUACACGCCUUUCCCAGCGCAUCCAAAUCAAAGCUGAGAAUGGUAAAGAAGACACGCUGCAUCUGGCUAAGAAAGUGAACGAGCUGCAGGCUCAGAUCAGGGAGCGCACUCGUAAAAUGAUGGCGGUGGUAGCAGAGCUGUCCAUGAGACAGGCGGAGUGUAUGACCCUACAGCAGGAGAUGAAAGACAAGGAACUACAGCUGGACUUGUGUCAGAGACGUGUGGAGCAGGGCCUACCCCCUUCAGACAACAUAGAGAACGAGUGGCUGCGCUGCCUUCGAGAUCAGCACAGACGCCAGGCAGACGCAGAGAAAAAAGCCAGGGUAAACUUCCAAAUGCACUCAAAUCUUACAGUGGCUGAGGAAGACGAGUGGAACCAGCUUCCAAAUGGUGUUUACACCACGGCUGAGCUGCGACCCAAUGCUUACAUCCCCACUGACGAUCCUUUGCCAGUGCCCAAACACUAUGGAGCCCUGGCCCCCUUUAAACCCACCGAACCUGGUGCCAACAUUCGCCACAUCCGCAAACCAAAAUACAAACCUAUUGAGAUCUAGAGUGAGUCAGCAAACUCAUGAUGCUUACAAGACACAAAAAUAAAAGUCCAGAUGUGCUCCCAUUCCUGAGGAAUCUGGUCCAUUUCCUCAGAACUAGUGAUGCUAACAAAAGACUCGUUUAUCAUAUGGGUCUAAUUUCAAUGUUUAGCAGCCCAGUGAAGUUCCUUCUAGUGUCAUGCUGGGAAUUCAGAGAGAUUCUUAAGAGAUCUGCCAGAGCUGAAGGGUUAGAGAUGAGGCUAUGUCCUCUGGAGCCAUGCACAGCUGAAUCUUACAGGGAAAUUAAUUACAGAACCAAAUGGGACAUUCUAUGGAAUUAUUUUCUACUCUGUUAUCACAAAGAUUAUGAAAGAUUCAUAUGAAAAAUCACAAUAAUUAUUGUGCAUCCUACAGCAUAUGCAUAAUAAAUACAUAUACAUAUUCACCAUUUGAAAAUAUAUGGGAAUGUGGACUAGAAACUAUUUAAAUUUAAAAUAAAAUAUAAAUAAUCAAAUAUUAAAAACGCUAAUUUCUAAGCCCUAUUUUUUUAAAUGUGUAAUAGUCAGAAUGUUGAAUAGAAACAAUUUUCAGCAUUUUACAUUUGCAAAAAUAUUUGGAGGCAUGUAAAUUGAUUCGCUUAAUAAUUGCAUGGCUAAUCUUUAGCCAAAUCAUUUGGAUGGUUUUAUACUUUGGCAUAUCACCAACCCCUGAUCUUGGCACAGCUAUAGCUUAAUAAUCAACUUCAUUAAUAGUGUGGUAUUCAUUCAUGUAGUAGCUUAAAGUGCUUUCCAGAAAAGUAAGCAAUAACCAUCUAAACACAGCUG